UGUCGGCCAUAGUGAUGAGGUCGUUUAACUACAGCUAGUAACAAAAAAUAGUAAAGAAGUUAAUGUUUUCACAUUUAGGCUUGUACAAAACUCAGUUUGGACGCUUGGCUCUUAAGGAGUGGGUUAAUAAGUGCGUUAAUUUCUUAUCAUAAAGCUACAAACCUUAGCAUGUCUCGAUUUUACUGGAUUUGGGAAUUCACUGUGGAAUUAUGACAGUGAGUGAAGUGUCAGUCAAGACUGGAGGCUCCAUCUCUAUCCCAUGUCUCUAUGAGCCUCACUACAGAAACCAUGUGAAAUACUUGUGUGAAGGACAUUUUUUUAUAGUUUGCACAAUAGUAGCUCAAACAGACCAACCAAAAAGCAGUUCAGAAAAGUUUUCAAUCUACGAUGACACAGACCAAAACAUCUUCACGGUAUCAAUUCAUGAUCUGACGCAUAAGGACUCUCAUUACUGGUGGUGUGGUGUGGAGAUUGAAAAAAACAGAGAUGUUCGACAAUACUUUCAUCUGUCAGUCACCACAGGUAUGUCAAGUCUGUAUGUGGACCAACAGAAAAUUACAGCAUUUGAAGGAGGAAGUGUGACUGUUGCGUGCCACCAUAAAUAUCCAAAAGUGACAAAGUGGUGCAGACUGGGCAGGAACUGUGUGACAGAUCAGAGCAGAUCAAUAGAUGGAACACCAGUGACCAUCAAUACAAGUGUCCCAAAUGUUUUCACUGUGACUAUGAGUGAACUGACAACAGAGAGCAGCGGCUGGUAUUGGUGCGUCAAAGGAAAAUUACAGAUGCCGGUUCUUGUAACUGUUCAUGAAUUAACCUCAACUACUACAACUACAAUGAGCCCCAGUACAGCAGACUUCACAGGGACAAUUUCAACCACUCACCAGCAUUCUUCCUCGCUCAUGAGUACUGAGCCACAAACAGCUCGUCCCACAAACACCAUCAUAUCUGAGGGACCGAGAGACAGAGAGACCCUGCAAGAUGAACACAAGAGGUCCACUAAAUUGACAGUUCUCAUCACCAUCCUGGCCUUACAGCUGUUGGUUGUUCCUGCUGCCUUUUUUGGAUGGAGAAUGAUAAAAUGUCAAAAGAGCAAACCUGAGGGGCCUGACAUCACUGUGUGUUCAGAAACCGGGAGAGAUCCUGAAGUGCUCUAUGCUACUGUUGUUCAUUAUCAAUGUGUGGCACCCUGGAAGAAAGUAAAACUGCAGAACCAUAUGCCCGAGGAGACCGUGCUAUACAGUUCCAUUGUAAUAAAAGAUAGUGUGCAACAAAUGGCUGAACCAGCUGAUCGAAGUGAUAAUGAGCAAGAUAGGAUGAGAGAACAUAGAAGUCAGGAAGUAAAGAAGUGUUAUUUUGUCGGACUCACCAACAUGACUGUUCAUCUCAGCUUUCUUCUCAUCCUCACUGGACUCACAGGAGUUCACAGUGUAACCACAGUCAGUAAAGUGUCAGUGAAGGCCGGAGAUUCAAUCACCAUCCCAUGUCUCUAUGGCUCAAAAUACAUGAACAACGUGAAGUACUUGUGUAAAGGAUAUUACUGGAGCUCCUGUUCAUAUGCAGUUAAAACAAACCAACCACAUAGUUCAGGAAAGUUUUCAAUCUCUGACGACAAAAACCAAAGAAUCUUCACUGUGACUAUAAAAGAUCUGACGAAUACAGACACUGAUUACUGGUGUUUUGUGGAGAUUAAUGGAGGGGCAGAUUAUAGACAGUAUUUUCCCCUGUCUGUCACCACAGAUACACCCAGCCUCUCUGUGGAUCAUCAGGAGAUUACGGGGUUUAUAGGAGAGAGUAUAAACAUCAGUUGUAACUAUAGAAACUCUGGAGAAAGGAGGUGGUGCAGGUUGGGCAUGAACUGUGUGACAGGGUCAUCAGGAUCAAUAGAUGGAACAAGUGUGACCAUCAGUGCGACAGUCCCCAAUGUUUUCACUGUGACUAUGAGUGGACUGAAGACAGAGAGCAGCGGCUGGUAUUACUGUGUUAAAGGAGAAUUACAGAUGCCAGUUCAUGUCACUGUUACUGAGAGACCUACCACUACCACACUUGCCACAACAAGAGAUGUCACUACCUUAUCACCCACUUCUGAGCCUGUGAGUAUCACCCCUACUUCUGGAGAUGAAGUGUCUACCACAGAUCAGCAUGAACAACCCGGUGUUUCAGUUGCCCUGAUGAGUUUCGUGAUUUCUCUGAUUUUGUUGAUCUUCAUUGUAAUGGUGACCAUUUUCGUCUGGUUCAUGUUGAAAAAGAACAAGCAGACCAAAGCAGCAUCAUUAUCCAUGACAGAAGCUGAAGAGGAAGCAACAUACGGCAAUACUGAGAACAUGAGGAAUUAUUCAAGACAGUCAUAUGCUGAGGCUGAUGUGGAUGUGAUAUAUAGUUCUGUGGUUAUCACGAGGCAACAAAGACAACAAAGGGUUGAAGCAAAUGAUGAAAAUCUUACAUAUAUUAAUCUGGCUUAGAACCAGCACGGCUUAGCAUCCAUUACCCCAAAGUUACCCAGAAACUUCUCUCUACUUUCUUUAAUUUAGACGCUUUACACCUUUAUUCUCUUCUGCAAAACAUUUCAAAGAAGCAUUGACCUAUUGGUUUGCCAAGAAUUGGACAAGACUACUGAGGUUUUCUAAAACCUCACAUUGCACAUACAGUAACUUUAUUGUUCGACACAGCCUUCCAACACACUAUAAAAAAGUGUGUGUAAAAGGCUGCUGUGAAAAACAGCUGUGAAUUUUUAGUUUCAAUAUCUAACCCUGUGAGGUAGGUGGUUGACAACAUCCCAGGCUCGAACGUGACUGGACACUUGUUGCAUGGGACCCACAAACCCGGCCACAAAUUUUGCAUUAAUUCUGUGCUGUACGUAGUAAAGGCAUAAAAAAAAAAAUAAAAAAAUGCAGCUGUGAUCACUCAAAUCAAGUGUUUGGUUUUAAUAUUGUUUGGGACGUUAGACAACCAAUAUGCACAGUUGUAUGUUAAAAGUGUCUAUAUUGCCCAGACAUGCACAUACUGUACACGCAUAUACAAACACAAAGCUUGAUUCUGCAGAACAAAUGCUUUUAUGUAAUUGCUUUUAUGACUUGUCCAAAAGAGAAUAUGUCUCAUAUUGAUUUCAUGUCUUGUUUUAAACUCAUAUUUUAUAUUUUAUGUGAUUAGGUUAUUCUUCAUUAGCACCUCUAAGAGCAUCAAAAUAAACUAAACUUUAUCCACAAGCCGCCUUUAGACUUCACUUGAGACUAAGUACUUGAUAGUGUGUAAUGGAAUGCUGACUAACUUCCUGUUAGCUAUUUUGAGCUGAAUUAAAACCUUGUCUGUGAUUCUGUAGCUGUCCUCUCUCUCAGUCACCCAAUGUGUCUACACAACUAAAGACUAUCCCACAGCUAAUGAUACAGUGCAUUCAUGACAGAGCCACAGCAAUGAUCAUACUGUAUCCCAUCUUUAAACAAUCUUUAAAAAACCUCCUCUUGUAUUUAUUUUUCAAUCAGCCCAUAAACCUAUAGUUGGACCCUAUAGACCCUGCAGCUCCAUCUGCUUGGUGGUUAGACUGCUGCUACCAAGAUUUGAGAAAUAAACACAGUAUAAUUUACAUCUUACAUCUCAUAAUUAAUUUAUAUGUACAGUCUAUGAUAUAAAUUCAGUUGCCUGAUGUGCGUUAUAUCCAGUGGAAACAUUAUUUUCAAUUUUAUGUUGAUUC